AUGGCGAUGCAGACGAUGGAGCCUGUCAAGCCGACGGCGAGCUCCCCGGACGGUGCUGUGGAGGACGGCGCGCCGGCCGCAGCACCGUCUCCAGCCCCAGCCCUCUCGCUCGUCCACCUCGACAACGCGGCGCCCGCCUGCGCCGCCUCCGCCGGCGAGCUCGUGCUCGGCCGGGAGGACCUCCGCGAGGCCGACCGGGAGGGACCGGACGCCAACAAGGUGUCGCGCAGGGCCAAGGGCGGGCAGCUCACGCUCGCGCUUGGCUCGGACGGCGAGUGGAGGGCGCGCUCCCGCGAGGGAGCGCUGUGGCCCGCCGGCCUGCAGCGCCGCGGCUCGCGUCCGGAGCCCAUCGCGACGGCCGAGCCGGUCGCGCUCCGCCACGGCGACGUCCUCUACCUCGUGUCGCAGCCGCUGCUGAAGAGGUAUCCGCUCCUCGUGCGGCUGCCACCGUCCGGCGACUGCGUGGCGGCGGACGAGUGCGAGGCUGCGCGCCGGCGGCAGGACGAGUGGCGCCUGCGCGAUGGCUCCUUCCACGUCGAGGUGUGCGAGCUCCAGCCCUCGUCCUUGACAUCGGCCGCGCAUGCGAGCGGCAGCCACGAGCGGGCGAGCGGGACGCUGACGCUGACGCUGACGCCGCGCGGGAGCUCGGGCCGCGGAGGGACGCUCGCCGCGCGCUGGUGCGAGGGGAGGCGCACCUUCGGGACCGACCCCGCCGGCGUGUCCGCGUGGGCAGAGCUGCCUGUCGGGCGGGGAGAGCUGCAGGCCACUGUCCGGCGGCACAAGAUCCACUCGGGGUGGAGGGAGCUGCUGCUGCGGAGCGAGCGCAGCCAGCCGGCGGAGCUGGAGCCCAUCCGGAUGGAGGAGCUGCACGCGCCGCCCGGCGUGAGCCACGGCGCGUCGCUGCUGCUCGACCUGCUGCAGCGCAAGGAGCGGCUCGAGGCGGCGCGCGCAGCGCAGCGCGCGAGGACCGAGGCGCUGCAGGCGGAGCUCUCGGCGGCGGACGAGACGCUGUCGGCCAAGGUCGAGCAGAUGCGCGCCGAGGAGGCGGAGGUCUGGAGCGACUUUAUGCCGCUGCUGCACGCCAAGCGCGCCAGGCUGCGGAAGCUCGAGGCGGACGCGCUGGAGAGGGACCUCUCGCUGAGCGACGUGGAGGCGGGCGCGGGGCAUGGAGAGUCGGAUUGA